GCUCCUCUGGGCCCCAUCCCGCAGUACAUGUGUGGGUUAAUCCCGGGAACAAAAUAGGUAUUCCUGGAAGUAACGGCAGACUUUUAUGGCAAUACGAGGUGCGUACACAAUCAGAGAUAUCAUCACUGAUCAACUGACACACCGGUGACUGGAAAGUUGGACAUUUGGUCAACAAUGGCGAACGAAACGACCGCCUCCUACGAUGGCCAGGACUUUCUGAACGGCAGCGCUAACGGCACGACUGCGGACGGUGUGUUCACACUGCACCGGUACAAACACGGGGCCGGUAUCACCGGCCUCAUCAUCAUGGCCUACGCCCUGGUGUUCCUGCUGUGCGUCGUUGGAAACGUCAUCGUCUGUGGCGUGGUCAUCAAAACCCCCAGGCUCAGAACUGUGACUAACUACUUCAUCUUGAACCUGGCCGUGAGUGACCUGUUGGUGGCCAUUUUCUGCAUGCCGUUCACUCUAGUGGAGCAUAUUCUGACUGACUACCAGUUCGGGGACGUCAUGUGUCGAGUGAACCCGAUGAUCCAGGGCAUUUCUGUGGCGGCAUCAGUCUACACGAUGACUGCGAUUGCCUAUGACAGAUACAAGGCGAUCGUCUUUCCCACUGAACCGCGGAUGAGUCUGACGAAAAUGAGGUACGCGCUGGCAGGCAUCUGGAUUAGUGCCGUGGCUGUGAUGGUUCCUCAAGUCUUUGUCCUACAAGUCGAGACGUUCUAUCCAACCAAGACCGUCUCUGUCAACGCUUGUAUCGAAACAUGGCCAGAUAUUGUUUACAAGAAAACAUACACGUUCAUGCUUUUCUCUCUCGUGUAUGUUGGUCCUCUCGCAGUCAUUUCUUUCUUCUACUGCCGCAUCAUGUGCAAGCUGGCAAUGACACCAUCGUCCGCUGUGGACGAUCCUCAGCACGCUUCACAAUUUGCAGUUUCGAAAAAGAGGGUCAGGGUUCUGAAAAUGUUGAUCACGGUUGUUGUGCUAUUUGCAUUGUGCUGGUUACCGCUGUACACGUGCUGGAUGCUUGUAGACUUUGCCAGGCUCUCAAAACAACAGAUGGCUGUGAUACAUCGGUAUGUCUACCCCGUUGCUCAUUGGUUGGGCUACUCCAACAGCUGCGCCAAUCCUAUUGUAUAUGGAUUCUUUAAUACAAAUAUUCGGAACAACCUUGAGUCUAUGUCCAUCAAAAGACGUCUUGAGAAUGCGAAAUUACAAAUGCCCAAACGCAAUGUUCAGCGUGCUGAAGACCAGGAUGAUGUUAAGGAGACCAUAAAAAUGACGCCUCUGGCAAAGUCAGACAGAAAAUAA